CCAUUCGGUUGGGGCUGUUGAUGUGGGGUCUCGUGGGAUUAACGAUACUGCUAAGUAUUCUGCAAAAUGCACCGCCAAAAUUUGGAAGGCUGAGGUCGGAGUGAAAUGGAGGGAGACAUUGGCGGUGAGGUUCCCUGCUCUUCCUUCGCCGUCGACUCCGCCCUACGCGUAGGCACCGUAGGGAACAUCCCUCUGCUUCUCCGUCCUCCUCUACUUGUGUGUGCUGGGUUAAUCUGGGGUUCUUGUACAGGAUCACUCGAAGCUACCAAAUUAGGUGAUUCUCAAAUCCGUGCUGAAUCUUCUUUACUUUACGGUUAUGGAGUUCCAGUAUUACUAGCUGAGCUUUUUUUUACAUGUCUACUUGGUUUAGGUCUAACUGGCAUUACUCGUGCAUCUUUCGUGGCUAAGUCAGCGGGUCGAUAUGGCAUUCAAUGGGGACUCUUUGCUACAGUUUUAUCAUUUACUCGCUGUGGACUACAGAGAUAUCGCGGGCAACAUGAUUGGGUAAAUCCUGUAGUUGCGGGUGCUGUAGCUGGGACAGUUAUCGGUGCUAGUGCGCGUAAUUGGAAGCAGGCUGCUGGAGUUUCUGGCCUUGUUUGUGCCUUGUAUUACGCUGCUGAAGAUGCCACAUGAUUUUAAGAUGUCUGGUCUCAAUAAAGCCCACAGUAACGAACAAGAUGAGACCACAUUGUUUGCAGAAAGAUUGAGCGAGUGCAUGAUGUCAUUAGAUGAGCUUAGGCAAACUUAAUUCUGUCAGGAGAACAUUUCAAACCUGUGUUUGUUUGUUAGUAUUUUCCAGGCUUCUUGAGGGAAUUUGGGUGGAAGGGUGCUUCUUUAUGUUAUUUUGUUAGCAUCUCUGGCCUUAGUUGAUUCUGGUGAAACAUGUAUAGACAGACAAUGAAUUUGUUUCCAGUGUAGAUUUGUUUUGAUGGAAACCAGCCCCUGAUUAGAAGGCUAGAUUUUGAAAGACACGAGUUGUGUGGAGUAGUUUUGUAACCUGCUACUGAGUGAUAAAUCAAGGCGGAUGCACUGUGGUUGGACUAAAUUCAUCCAAUCCGUGUCACGGUUGGCGGUGACGACAUGACAUGGUUUUUACAUUUGUGGAUUUGUACUGGUGUGGAAUUUGAUUUGGGUCGGAAUAUAACAUGGAUUCAUGGU